CAGCAGCGUCUCAGUGAGCCGCGCGCCUUGAUAGCGAGCAGGUCCCGUCGCGUGUGUGUUGUGUAGUAUCGAUCGUUGGUCAUGGCGGGGUCUAUCUAACAUAUGGUAGCUCUGUCCUCUUCUACCGUGGCCAGAAGCGGCAUGAGUAUGGUGGCGUGGGCGUUGUGGGCGCUGCUCUUCAUCUGCGGCCUUACCCACGGCUACACCAAGCCAAACAACAAAUAUGGAGGUGAAGGAUUAGCUGAGGAAGACACCAUUAACUACGUGAGCGGGGACGAGGUGGUGAUUGACCAACUGGAAGACUUCCUGCAGUCCCGUCGCCACCUGGACGACCAGCCCUCGCCUCCCUACCUCCCCCAGCAGGCGAGAACCUCGCCGCCUUACCUCCCCCAGCAGGGUGUGAAUGGGAAGAUCCACUUCGCUGUCUCCCCAAAAGACCAGCGUUACUAUCUGCCCGUCUCCUCCCUCCGGCCUGUGGAGCCCCCCGAGCAGGUCGAGGAGGAGGAGGAGGGCCUUCGCUUACUGCCACAAGACCUCGGCCUCCAACCCCAGCAGGUGUACCCGGGGGAGUUUUUCCAAUACCAGGAUGAGGAACAACAGGACCCAUCCCAGUACCAACCCCAGUACAGGUACGAACCCCGACGACCCCAGGAGCAGGACCAGUAUCAACCCCAGUUCCUCCCGCGGCUGCCGUAUAGUCGGUAUCCUGAGGAGGCCGUGUACGAUGUCCGGCGGCUGGACCCCAGGCUGAUGGGAGCAGAAGGCGAGCGGGAGGAGAUGGAGGAGGAGAACACCGGGCGGGAAGAGAUCAAGCGCCUCAUGGUGGAUGAAAAUGACGAUUAUAAUGUCGAUAAAAACACGAAGACGGCAGAAGAAGCAGAGACGACGGUGGCGCCUCAAAAAGUGGCGACCUCUCAGCCCGAGGCGGUCAACUAUAUGCACCUGCGUCACUCGCCCUCUGAGGCCAAAGAAUCCAGCUAUGCCAUCCACGACGCCAACCAACAGCAGCAGCCUCACCUCAGUGACCUCUACUUCACAGCUGUGGUUGCUGGCUGCACCGCCGUGGCUGUGUGUGGCGUCAUCGGGGCUGGCAUCUGUUGGUAUAGGUGAGUACCCUUCACUACACGUUA